AUGGCCAUACAACACAAGUCAAACGGAGUGCUCGCACUCGAGGUAUCUGAUGAAGAGAGAAGUUCCCAAAGCCCCAGUGCAGAGACUGUCGGGGCAGCUGUGACCAUUCUCCAGCGUGACGGCAUAGUCAUCAUCCGAAAUGCAGUGGAUAUCGAUGCCCUGAAAUGUCUCAACAAAGUCCUCUUGGAGAAAUCCGAGGCCCUCGCCGCGCAGCCAGGCAUUCACUUCAACAACGACCGCUCGGCGCGUAACAUCUCUCAGCCACCUCCCUACACGGUUGAUCUCAUGUUCGAAUCAGUCUGGGCGAACCCAUUCACGGCCGCCAUCAGCGCCGCCAUCCUUGGCCCCAACCCUCGCGUGCACUUUGCCAAUGGAAAUACGGCCCUGGGACGCGCAUCCGGACGGCAGACGGUCCACGCCGACCUCGGAUCCAGGCACCUCUGCUUUCCAUUUGGAAUCGUGGCCAACUACUACCUGAUCGACACGGAUGAGACCAAUGGAUCAACCGAGGUCUGGGUGGGCACGCACCGUGAUACGACCAUCGAGGACCAUGAUCACUCCCCAGGUGCAGUCGGUGGCGUCUCGUCCAUCAAACCGGAAUUGGUCGAGGCGCGUCGAGCUGUGCUGCCCCCUGUUCAGCCAGCCAUCAAGCAGGGGGACCUUGUCCUUCGUGAUCUCCGAUUGUGGCAUGCGGGGAUGCCUAACAAGAGCGAGACGGCCAGGAUCAUGCUUGCCUUCGGCAUGUUCCCAUGGUGGUAUCAGAGUCCAUUGAAAUUGACUUUGCCGCUUAAAAGCAAGGCUUUGUUGGAGAGUUGGAAACGCAAGCACGGCUUGGAUUUUGCAGCAGAGUUUGUCAAUGAGGAAUGGCCAGACCCGAAGUUCCGCGCCACGAUCGACUCGAUGAACCCCGCUAUUGUCUAUUGA